UGUGCGUCUGCUGCCUCCUGCUCUUUGACGUGCACGUGCACGUGCAUCUUUACUCUCGAGCACGUGCAUCCCCCAUCCCGAGCACGUGCAUCUUCCCAAUCACCGCAUCCACGUCGACAUGAGCUGUCUCCAUGACCAACCUCUUGACCGUCCUCCCCCACUUCGACAUCCUUCCCUUCACCCAUCUCUUGCCGUCGCUGGAAAAGGCGCUCGUCUCCACCGCCGACUUGCUCACCCUCGAGCCGCUCGAUGUCGCCAAACGCGCCCAAGUCCCGCCGGCAGAGGUCAAGAAGCUCACGGAUGCCUUGCUGGAGGCCUUGCGUGCCGGCAUCUCCCUGACCGACGAGAAUGGAGCUGGCGACACGACGAGGCUGCCUUCCAUCAGCACCCUAGAUGAUUCACUCGAUGCUGCCCUGGGCGGUGGCAUUGCUCCCAACUACAUCACGGAGAUUGUUGGCGAAAGCGCCGCUGGCAAGACGCAAUUUCUCUUGACGUUACUUCUAUCUGUUCAACUUCCCCCAUUGAAGGGUGGCCUGGGCAAGCCCGCGCUAUACAUCUCCACGGAAGCGCCUCUACAAACAUCACGUCUGGCCCAGAUCCUUGAGCACCAUCCGAAACUAUUCGCCUUGCCUGAGGAUGAACGUCCCUCCCUCUCCCGCAUCCAAAGCACCCACAUCCACGAUGUCGAGGCCCAAGAACACAUCCUGCGCUACCAGGUCCCGGUCGCCAUUCAGAAGCAGAACAUUGGCCUCGUCGUCGUCGACAGCAUCGCCGCAAACUACCGCGCCGAAUUCGAUCGCACCAAGGCACGGAAAGGCGCCGAGUCGUUCGCCAAACGCAGCCACCAGCUCACCCAACUCGGUGCUCUUCUAAACGACAUUGCCCAACGCUUUGGUGUGGCCGUAGUUGUCGCCAAUCAAGUCGCCGAUCGCUUCACUUCCCACGAUCAGCCACCACCCAGCCAGGCCUUCCUCUUCACCCAGACCACACAACGCUCACGACCCCAUUCUCCCCAGCAAAUGCCGCCCUCGCUCCACGCCCCAAUGUCCACCAACGCACCGUCCACCGCUCCCCCAAUCCUCUCCACCGACGACCCCCUCGCUCUCGACUACCAGCAACGCUUCUUCACCGGCUGGGGCGACGACUCCACCAUCACCAAUCUGAAAACCCCCAGUCUCGGCUUGACCUGGACGAACCAGCUCGGUGCGCGCAUUGCCUUGCUCAAGCUCCCGCUCUACGAUGACGACAGGGCGUAUGAAGCCGGCGAGGAUCGCGUUAUUGCGGCAUGGCGGCGGACGGCGAAAGUCGUCUUUGCUGCUUGGUGUGCUGAGGCUCAGGCCGAUUUUGAGAUUUGGCAGGGUGGGGUGCGAGGGUGUGACUUGACCAUGGGGACUCGUCUUUUGGCAUUUGGCGUCUUGUUGUUUAGCAAGCGACAAUGCUGGAAAGCUCUCUGAAAUGCGGAUAAAGAGGAUAGACCGAUCAUGAGGAAUACAUCAAAGUGUGCGCACCGUUCGUAACAC